GGAAGCAGGUGGGUUUUGUAUUUUUCUCUCUCUUCCGUAGUCCCGUUAUCGUUUAUACUUAGGGAACCUGCAACCCUCGUUCCGCGCAUGUUAGCGGAGCUCCGGCUCCCCUAAAGGAGCCUUCGCUCAAAUAAAAUUUCCUAAAAGCGAAGCCCCCAAUCCAAAGGACAGAAGGGUUUGAUCUUAGGGUUUGUUUUUGUGCUUCGAAGAUUUCAGAUCUGUGCAUUGACGUGGAAAAGAAAGGAAGAUAGGGUAAAGAAAAAUGUCGAAAGCCUGGGGAGAAAUCGGUGCGUGGGCCGCUGAGUCCGAGCGUGCCGAAGCCGAAGAGCGAGAGAACGCUGCCGCCGUCGCCGCCAAUUCUCAACUCACCGGUGGUGAUGAAUCUUUGAGUUUUCCAAGUCUCAAAGAAGCUGUGGCUGCCAAGCCUAAGAAGAAGAAGAUGACGCUAUCUGAGUUCACCACCGGUGUUCACGUUGGCCCAGGUGGAGCCAGGCGCGAAUACUCCACGGAGUCCAGGGGUUUAACUACUGACGAGAUGCUUCGAUUGCCAACUGGCCCCAAGGAGAGGACUCCCGAGGAAUUGGAGCACGGUCGCCUCGGCGGUGGGUUCCGCUCCUAUGGCCGAACUGGCCCUCCUCCUGGCCGUGAGAGAGGCAACGACAGUGACGGUUCAUGGGCUGGAACAGGUCGGAGAUCCUACGGGGGCUUCGAUGAAGAACGUAGGGUUCCCCCACCUAGGUCACAAGACUACGAUCAGCCUUCCAGGGCCGACGAAGUUGAUAACUGGGCAAUGACUAAGAAACCGUUUCCUAUCUCUCCCAUGGAUUCUGGUCCUGGACGACAAGAUCGCUACAGUUCGCUUGGUACUGGUGGUGGGGGUCCUUCUAGGGCUGACGAGGUCGACAAUUGGGCUAUGGGUAAGAAGACACAGGCACCACCUCCUGCUAGAUCUAUGGGUUUCGGUUCAGGUUUCAGAGAUUCUGCUCCCAAUUUGGAUCGUUGGAGCAGAGGAGGACCACGUGAUGGGGAUCGUGAGCGCCCACGGCUUGUUUUGGAUCCACCCAAGGGUGAUGGAGUUGUUAAUGAGACUCCCAGAACUACCAGGCCUAGCCCAUUUGGUGAAGCACGUCCCAGGGAAGAGAUUUUGGCUGAAAAAGGUUUCGAUUGGAGGAAGUUCGAUUCAGAUAUUGAGUCUCGUAAGACAACGAGUCGACCCACAAGCUCUCAGUCAAGCAGGCCUUCAAGUGCCCAUUCGAAUCGAGCAGAAAGUCCUGCGCCGCAGGUUCUGGAAGCAGCACCAAAACCACGACCAAAGGUGAAUCCUUUUGGGGAUGCUAAGCCUCGAGAAAUCUUACUGGAACAGAAAGGCAAGGAUUGGCGCAAGAUUGAUUUAGAACUGGAGCACCGUGGCAUUGACAGGUUUUCAGCCUUGCUCUAUCUCAAGCAUUGUCUCUAUUUCCAUGCUUAUGUUACUUAUCUAGCUUAA